CGAGAAAUAACCCUCAGUUGUGUUUCAGCCUUGCUACGUGACAGUCGCCAGACCUUCAAUUCUGCAUAAGUUCGCUGCAACUAUUGUGAAUACUUUUCAAUUGUAGUUUUGUGAAAGCCAGUUGAUCGAGAAAUCCUGAUUUGCUUGAAGCAGUUGCUUUGUAUUGUUAACUUUUAUAAAUUGACUUGAGAAGACAAAGAUGCUAGCCAGCCCAGCCAUGGAGAUUCAAGCUGAAGAGACCCCGUUGGCUCUGCAGCGCCUGUGGAACCUCACCCGCGCUCGUCUAGCUGGCACCUCCACAGCCUUGGACGAGGAACCGGCGCUGGUCGAAGAAACUAUCUCCACUCAGAAAAAUGAAGCAACACCCAAGGUCCUACCGCCCGCUGCAAGUGAUUACGAAAGCGAUGGUGAAGAGGCUUUCCCUGGACUAGAAUAUACUGAGCCUCAUGAUGUUCCCAUCAAAAGUUUCUGGCGUGAGCGUGCUACUGAUAGGGAGGUGUUACUGGACGCAAGUAAACUAGGGGAUGUGCCAGCCGUGUACCGCGUCCCUGCGCCAGCUCCUCACGAGCUGCCAGUAAUCGGGGUGUACAUCGACCCCCGAGUCAGAACCGGCUUCCGAUACAAAGUCCGGCCCAUGCAGGGUCUAGAUGCCGCACCUCUGUCCGUGAAACCAAGAUAUUUGUUUGGCGGUAAAGCCCUCACCCUGCAGUCCAUCGGCCGUGGCUUCGCAAGACGCAUGACUUUUGAACCUUACAACUGCACCCUUAAUGACAAUGACAAUUAUUUCUGGACUGACUCCAGACCGGAAGGAUUUGUUUUUGAGAUCGAAGCUAUAUCAGUUGGAGAUAAAUUCACUAUCUAUGAUGCAAACCACGAGCCACAAGGAAUCUUAGAAGUUGUUCAGCAGCAGAAAAAUCAAAUAGAACUAGAUCAGAAUAUUUUGAAAGAUGAAACAAUUGUCAAGAAGGUUAAGAUAAAUACCCUAUGCAAAGUGGAAUGGUACGAGAACGACGGUGCCACGAAAUUAGUUCCAGUCACUGGGGUGGCUAUUCUCAAGAAAGGUCGAGGCAAGGCUGUUGUGGAGAAGGUGCUUAACGUCGCCAUAGGAAUCAAGCAGCUCAAGAAGGGUUAUGAACUCAGGCCGGGCAUCCAGUCGUCCUCAAGGAGAAUCACAGUCAACGGAAGCGACGUCAAAGACAUUCCAUGCCAAUACUGCGUUGUUGGUCUCGAGAAAUAUGAACUCCCUGUCAUUGGAACAUAUGUUGACCCACGAGUGGUGCCCGGUUUCCACUACCGCGUGCGGCCUGCCGGUAGCCGCCGCCACCUCUUCCAAGGCCGCAGUCUCCUCCUGCAGUCCAUCGGCAUGGGCUACGGAAAACGCAUCACCUUCAAACCAGACAGCCUCAACUGCCCAGAAAACUACUUCUGGUCCGACUCUCACCCUGAAGGCAUUGGAAUGGAAACUCGAGCUAUCCACCCCGGGAUGAAAUUCUCUAUCACAGGCAACGGGGGUCUAUUGGGAGAAGCCACCGUUUUCAGAGCUGAUCUGCCACAAGUAGAAGAGAAGACAGUAUUCGAAGACGUUCCAGGAAAGCGUGGAAAAGCCGUGGUGAAAUAUGUUCACGUCGACGUCACGUGUCACGUCAAACUGGCGACCACUGGCGGAGGCACCGUCGACUCUGAAGUUCACCUUAUGAAAGUGUCAGGAGUUGCACUCGUGCGGAAAGAUCCUGGCUGUGCCGAAGCGAAACUAGUGAAGGUUUUCAAUGUGGGAUUGGACUCCCAACUGAACCUGUUGUUCGCACACUCACAAACCGAGCUGACCUUCCAUCCUCUACCCUAAACGUCAUCGAGGUCAGAAUGGUGUUACAACACUAGCGGCGUCCUGGCCCGCAUAGAGUGUUGUGAUGCUACAAAACUCACCUGGCGCGACAUAGGCUCCGUCAAAUUCCAAUCGAUUGGUCACGAGUUUGCAACCGAGGGAUAUUUCUAUCCCAGUGCCGUGCGCACCGUAGGAACAUACGAUUCGGUUGUAGAGUCGUUACAAAUAAUCGAUAUGAACAAACGACUCUUCGUAUCGAGAUAGGAUAUCAUCAGUGUCUAGGCGAUCGCCUGUUUUGCCAACUACCAAACAAAUCCAACAACAAUCCAUUAAUGUUUGUCGCCUAGUUUAUGGAACAUAUCUUUUUUUAAGCUAAUCGUUACAGAUAUUAUAUAACCUUUUCUUAAAUGAUUAUUAUCAGUAUUUUAAAUUUAUAACUUUAAUUGAUUUACAUAACAAAGAAUUUUGAUGGUUUCUCUUGGAGAGAGACUAGUAAAAGACUAUCGUUCCUUGAUUAAUUUAGAAAUUGACUUUAGAAUUCUUGUUUUUUUGGGUAAUCAAAAUAUCUCUUAUUUUGUCUCGAAUAUUAUAUUUUUCAAUAAAUAAAUAAAGAAAA